GCCAACGACCUGCCAACGACCUGCCAACGACCUGCCAACGACCUACCACCCCCGGCCCAUGGGUACAUGCCGACAUAUGCCUGACGACCUGGAGAGCCGCCGAGGAGACGUCUUGUAACUAAGAGCGAGAUGCCAAGUUUUGGCCGGAGAAAAUAGCAAAAAUACCAAAAAACACCAAAGAUCUCAGCAACUCGCUGCACCCCGGACCAGGUCGGAAUUUCGAUAAUGGCUGAAGAAAAAUUCCCCCCGGCCACGGCCAAGGCCACUGUCGUCGUGCCCAUGGCACUGCAGGCGUUUAUCGUCUCGGGAGACUUCAGCAGCAGCGCGUACCAGGUUGCACCGCUCGUGCUGCCCGACUUUGCAGCGCUACGAUCGCGUCAAGGGGAGAUCGGCCACGACCUCAUGGACCAGCUGGACAUGUCUUAUUGGCGGUUGCAGGCUCGCUACAGCCCGCGCUUCGUCGACGUCCGAACCGGGCGCGUGCGGGAUGACCGGACCGGAGUCUACCUCAGCUGGUGCCUUCCGCGGCUAUACCGGACCGGCACCACUAAGACCAAGGGCGUAACCGUAACAGAGGACGCCAAGAAAGCCCACGACGAGAACCGCGUGCGAUCCGGGUUCAACAGAGCCACACUUGAAGAAGGCGACGUAUACUUUCGGCCAGUUCCCGACCGCUGGGUCAUCGCGAGGAAGAGCCGUACCCAGAACCCUCCCAACAUGGUGUGGAUUGUCGAGAGCAACCGCGUCCGGACUCUGGACGACGCGGACUUCACGGCCGGAGGAGCGGACAUUGACGUAUCUACGUCGCCCGGCAUGGACCCAGGCCAGCCACUCGACGUCCAGCAUAAACUCUUCAUUGGUCGGUCGGCCAAACUCGACGCCAGUUUCAGGAGCGGCCCCGAGCAGUCAUAUCUGAAAAAGCUCAACGUAAUGGAGAACGGCCACGAAUUCUUCGCCGACUACCAGCCGCACAAUAUGGGGGUGUUUUCCUUUUUCGACAACCUGGACGGCGCGCAAGACGUCACGGUAGACUACACCGUGGUCGGCUUCCACUCCCGCGUGGCUGACGACCCCCUGGCUGUGUCCGGGACCCCUCCGGCCGGCCUCACGUAUGCCCAGCUGCUCUAUAACAUGUCACUCGUGCCCGACUCGGGCAGCGCUGCCGACUUCCUGGGGGCGCCCGUCGGGAAGCAGGGCCGAACGCUGACGCACGGCUUGCUGAGGGAGGUGCGUUUCCGGCCCAACAGCAGUUUCCUUCACGCGCCGUCGGUCGAGCUGCAGGAUCUGGUCUACAAUCACCAACCCAUCGCCGUCGGCCUGCACACGCUGGACGCACUAGCAGCCUUCUUGCACGUCAGCAUCGGCCACGACGACGAGGACGACAGCGCGGCGGCGGCGGCACACACGAUGCUCGCCCAGCUGGUCAUGUUGAUCGCGCGGGACGACGAUGUCGACUCACAGCGCCGGGCGGCCGACGAGACGGCCAUGUAUGGGUGGGUCGCACUGCGGCCGGGCACGGUGUGGCAGCUACCCAAGAGCGGCGACAAGGCAGAGGGCGGGGGCGCAUCGUCAAAGCCGCCGGACGACCAGGUGGCGGCGCUGGCGAGUCUCAACGAAGCCCAGUUGCGGGUCGACACUUGCCACCGGGAGCUGUCGCAGCUGGUCCAGGAUCUAUUUGGGGCCUGGUGGAAUGCCGUUGGCCUGCGCAAGUUUCCCAACGUGCACAAAAAGCGGUGCGAAGAUGUGCAGAAGGCAGCCAAGGAGAUCAAGCAGAGAAUGGAGGUGCUCAACCCAGCAGCCGGCCUGGCGCAGAAAGCCAUCGAUGGCACCUUCAAGCCGGCGCUGGAGAAACUUCUGGGCGCCACAAAGACACUAGUAGCCUCGACGGCGCGCGCCCACGGCCGCCAUCAAGACCCAACGCUUCUGUUCGCCGGCGCCGAGUCGGGGUGGCCCAAAGGCUUUGCUGAUCCGCUCACGGUGCGGCUUGCGUCUGACAUUGCGCCGUCCUCCGAAGACGGCUCUUUCGAUGCCACCAUGAGGCUUCUUGAUGGUGCCUCGGAAUGUGUUUCGGAUCCCCUGAAGCGCCUGAUGCGGGAGUUUGUCGAGUUUGAUCCGGCGAGGCGCGCCUCCUGGACGCGGAACCCGUACGCAGACAUGGAGAGCAUGAGAGACAGGCAGGGAUGGUUCCCGCUCUUCAUGGAGUGGGAAGUGGAAUACUACCACAUCCCUUUCUCGAUGUGGGAAUUCCGUCCCGUGGCCGCAACGGGCCGAUGGCGCUACGUUAUCCCCCCUGAUAAGGAGCUGGCCAAGGUCGAGCCCAAUGUCGAGCCCAAGGUGGGUGCGGAUUGCCGCACGCUCUCGGGGCGAACCGCCAUUGCACCUGAGGCGGCUCUAACACUCCGGGCGCGGCUCAGGCAGUUUUUCGACCAGAACAAGGAUAACCAGACCAAGGAAGGCCAGACCAAGGAUAACCAAACCAAGGAAGGCCAGACCAAGGAUAACCAAACCAAGGACGGCCAGGCCAAGGACGGCCAGACUAAGGACGGCCAGACCAAGGACGGCCAGACCAAGGACGGCCAGAGCAAAGAUGGCCAGACCAAGGACGGCCAGAGCAAAGAUGGCCAGAAUAGGGAUGCCGAUAUCCAGCUGAAGCGCGAGGCAGUGUUACAGGCGGCAGCGGCGCUCGAAUACUUCUCGUCGCCACUCGUCGGAUUCACCGACCACCUCCUCACGCUGCGCCGUGGACACCUUCCCCAGCCGUUGGCAGACGAUACGGAGAUCUGCUCGACCCUGAAGAUCUCGCAAGAUCUGAUGAAUGUGCUUGCAACAACGGCCCACGAACUGGCCCCCUACGGGGCGACAACACCGUUACCACCCCACUACACGUCAUUCAGCCCUUUCAAGCCUGUCACGCACGGCCAAUUCCGGUUCACAAAAUUGGCCAUCGUCGACAAGUUCGGCCAGGUCGUGUCGGGCAUCCAGCCCGGGGAAAAUGACGGACCCGGCUCGAUGCUGUACCCCUGUGUGUCUCCAGGCUUAUCAUGUGGUGUGGUCGAGGGCCACGACAGCGACAAGAACUACAUGCCUAACACAGCGAUCAAGGCUGAUAAGGAGCCCAACAUCUGCCAGUUCGUGCAGGUGCCCCCGCGCAUCAACCAAGAAGCACGGCUGAAUGCGCGCUUCCUGAUGCCUACGGACACGGACGACGCAUCGGCUCCGCGCCGCUCCGUGGGCGACUGGGACAAUCCCAUCUGGGCCUGGCUGGUGGUCAACUUCCAGAACGAGUCGGUUCAGUUGUACAAUGGCGACGGCGAGUUUGCCCUCGAGAUCGUCCUAGACGACAACAACAGCAAAGUUCACGACUCUCUCGGGCCCAGCCCGCCACACGCGCCGAUGAUCACGGGCCGUCUGGCCACGCUGCUGGCUGCGCUGCGCGGCAGCUACGCCCUAGCGCGCGCCCUGUACGAGACGCUGGCCGCCGCCGCCGACAGCGUGCGCUCGUCGAGCGCCGACGCCCAGAGUAUGCCGCCGGCCGCCUUCGGCAAGCCCUUUUGCGUCGCCGACAUUGGCCUCUCCAUCGAGCUGGCGGCGCCCGCGCGGCAGGAUACCUCGCUGCUGACAGCGCCCUCGUCGCGCCACGAGCCACUGUUGACAGCGCCCUUGUCGCCUCACGAGCCGUUGUUGACAGCGCCUCCAUCGCUCCGCGAGCCGGAGAUCGACCCCGAGAAGACGUACAAGUUCUCCGUGGCGCUGGGCAACCCCGGCGCCGCCUUUGACGGUCUCGUGGCGACGUUCGCGGCCGAGGGACCCAUCACUGCCGUGGAGACGGCCUACGAUACCAAAUCAGCCAAGUCGUCGUCACCGGCGGCAAAGCAGAGCAAGCCGCUGAAGUUGACCGCAUAUUUCCUACCCGGCGACACGCCCGGCCUCGCCGCGGCGCACGACGCGCGGCUCCACCCCCUCGGCAUCAUCUUCGACGCCGCGUGCCCCGUCCACGUCUACUCGGGCAGCCUGUUCCCACUGCUGCAGGUCAGCCCGCCGGCCUGGCGCGUCGACACCGCCAUGCGCCACAUGCAGGCCUUCUUCGCGGCAGGGCCCACGCUCGUGCCGACCAAGCCAGAGCCAAUGGUGCACACGCAGCAGCAGCAGCAGUUGGAACCAACGGUGAAGAUGCCGCUCUCUGCGGCGGCGGGGGGCGGCCAGUGGAGCUGGCUGCAGCCGCGGCUGGAUGGCGGGAACACAGUUUGGGAUUCGGCGCAGAUUAAGCCGCUGGAUACCAAGCUGCAGGUCGAGGCAGCCGCGGCGAGCGAGUUAGUGGAGGGCUUUGUGCUAGUUGAGCCUGCCACUAAGGGCAGUAAUAAGCAGAAGUGACAAGGCUAGCAUUAGGAUGCGGCCUAGCACUUUGACGGACCUAGCAC